AUGCUUGCCGAUGCGAAGGAGCCUCCCGUUUCCUUUAUUGCGGUGAAUUGUGACCUCUCGAGGACGCCGGCGAAACAGCACAACUUUCGCUGUGCGUUGAUUUCAGAGAUGAUUCGGGUUUUAUACGAGGACAUGCACCUGACGAAGAGUUGGGGAACUGGACGAGUUUUGCUGCUUGGCAGUUUUAAGUCACCCCCUGACUCACCCCCGUACGAUUAUCUAACGCGCCUUUAUGAAGCCAAUGAGACGAAAUUUCAGUUGCGAGUAACUCGAUCAGAGGGGGACCCAGUAAUGAUCAGGGCAGGAUCUGCUUCGUGCGUCGUGCGCCGCUGGUGUUUUAUUGCUGUUUGUGCGAAUCACUUUCAACUGCAUCGUCUGACAAGGAUAGUUAUUGAUGCGCGCAGUGGUUCCCUGGACAAUGUGCGUGAAUUGGAGCUCGCUACACUGCACGACGAUGCCAAUCUUCCUGGGGUGGUGAAGCGGGAAGCGAAAACACUUACCCUGGCAUUUGCUCCUCCUUGUGAGGUGACAGGGCCACUGCGGCAUUUUCGGUUGGCUUGGCGGGAAUACCGAGAGGAUGCUUCGUCACCGUUGCUGGAAAUUGGGUCGAAGCAACAUCCUAUUAGCUUGUAUGGGUUGCCGCACAGAUACAACAACACCGAGGAGAUGGAGAGGACGAGCCCUCUUUUUCGAAGCGCUUACGCAACGUGCCGGCACCAGCAAGCUCACUGUGGCAUGAAGGAACUCUUGAGUAAGCAUGCGGAGCUGCGGAGCGUCUUGGCUCCGCUUGACCACACUACCUCUACAUUGUGCACUUGGCAGCUCGUCCAGCCGGACCUCAAGGGGGAUUGUGUUUCGUUUUGUUCCUCUGGAUGUGGGUCCUCGCUUUCUCCGUUCGGGGAAAGUUCAAUUUUGGAGCCGCAGUUUACGGUGUUUUUCCCAAUAAUAGCUAGUUUGCGGACCUCUUCGAUCCCCCCACGGGAAGCCAAGGCUGGGGCCGAGUCUGAGGCUGAGGCUGAGGCUGAGGAGGAGUUCGUGUGUGGUACACACGACUACAUACUAUACACUGCGUCGUCUUUUCACUGCGAGGAGGUGGGUAGGCUCCCAUCGCUGGAGGAUGUUUGUGCGGGUUGGUUUAAGCCCAUCAAGGACGGACCUGCGCUGUCGAGCCAUCUGCUGCUCUCCUGCACGCUGACGGUAAAGGCAUAA